AGCCCGGGCCCGGCGACGCCCCGGCGCGCGUGCGCACGCGGUUCUCGCGGUGUCUCGCUCUCGGCCCCGCCCCCCGCUGCCCCCGCCCUUUCCGCCCCUCCCUCCCUCCGCCCUGUUUCUCGGCGGCAGCGACGGCGGCAGCUCGCGCAGCUUGUUGGCUCGCUAUAUAAAGGAGAGAAGCAGGCGGACCGGACGGCUGGAGCUGCAGCCGGUGGCGGCAGCGGUGGCGCGGGGAGCGGUGACCGGUGUUGGUUUCCCUCCUCGGCGCCGAGUGGGGAAGCGGGUGACGCCCCCUAACCCCCUAAGGGGUCGUGGCAUAUUUUUUUUUUUCAUUUUUUUUUUUUUCCUUUAGGCGAUUCUCGAGGUUUUUAGCUGCGGGAGGAGUGCCCCCCUCCUCCUGGUCUCCCGCCUCUUACUCCUUCUGGAUCGGUUUUGUUGAGAAAUUUUUGCCCCACUCUUGCGGGUGACUUGGGUCACCCUCCGGGUCUCAGUUUUUUUUUUCUUUUUCUUUUUUUUUUUUUCCUUUAUACCUCGUUCCCUCUUGUUUGUGUUGUGUGUGGAAAUGGCGAACUCGGCAAACACAAACACCGUGCCUAAAUUGUAUAGAUCUGUGAUUGAAGAUGUUAUUAAUGAUGUACGAGACAUUUUUCUGGAUGAUGGAGUGGAUGAACAGGUCCUGAUGGAACUAAAAACUUUGUGGGAGAAUAAACUAAUGCAGUCUAGGGCAGUAGAUGGAUUUCAUUCAGAAGAACAGCAGCUUUUGUUGCAAGUUCAGCAGCAGCAUCAACCCCAGCAGCAGCAGCAUCACCACCACCACCACCACCAGCAAGCGCAACCUCAGCAAACGGUACCUCAGCAAGCACAGACCCAACAGGUUCUUAUUCCUGCAUCACAGCAAGCUACAGCACCACAAGUUAUUGUUCCUGAUUCUAAGUUGAUACAACAUAUGAAUGCAUCAAGUAUUACGACUGCUGCUGCUACAGCUGCUACCUUGGCACUCCCUGCAGGCGUGACUCCUGUUCAACAGAUACUAACAAAUUCAGGCCAGCUGCUUCAGGUGGUCAGAGCAGCCAAUGGUGCCCAGUAUAUCUUUCAGCCUCAGCAGUCAGUUGUUCUACAACAACAAGUUAUACCACAAAUGCAGCCUGGUGCAGUACAAGCGCCUGUUAUACAACAGGUCCUAGCCCCACUCCCUGGAGGGAUUUCACCACAGACAGGUGUCAUCAUCCAGCCACAGCAAAUCUUAUUCACAGGAAAUAAGACUCAGGUCAUUCCUACAACAGUGGCAGCACCCACACCAGCACAAGCACAGAUACCUGCAGCUGGACAACAGCAGCCACAGGCCCAGCCUGCUCAACAGCAAGCUCCAUUGGUGCUGCAAGUUGACGGAACCGGGGAUACAUCUUCUGAAGAAGAUGAAGAUGAAGAAGAAGACUAUGAUGAUGAUGAAGAAGAAGAUAAAGAGAAAGAUGGAGCUGAAGAUGGGCAGGUGGAAGAAGAGCCCCUCAAUAGUGAAGAUGAUGUAAGUGACGAGGAAGGGCAGGAACUCUUUGACACAGAAAAUGUUGUUGUAUGCCAGUACGAUAAGAUACACAGAAGUAAAAAUAAAUGGAAAUUUCAUCUCAAGGAUGGCAUUAUGAAUCUUAACGGAAGAGAUUAUAUAUUUUCCAAAGCCAUUGGAGAUGCAGAGUGGUGAAGAGUUGCUUCUUUCCUUUUAUAAAUUAAGACAAAGAAACUUAAAAAGUUAAAAUGGACGGUUUGAAACUUGGGACAUAUAUCAGCCAAGACUUCACUUCUGCAUGUCAGAAAAGCGCGGUAGAAGCAAAGCUGCUGGAGCCAAGCUAGACCUUGACCACAUAGACACUACUUCAGACCGGCAAGCCAUGGAACUGUAGCACCUGGGCCGCUGGGCGGGGGGAGGGGUUUGUGUAGGAAAACUAUACUGUCGAUUUUAAAUACAGGAACCUGCCAUUGGUAAUUAGCAUGUAAAGCUUUGUCUAUAUUCCUUUCUCCAAGUUGGGCUCAAUCAGAAGAUACUUGCCGGAAUGACCCGAAGAGAUUACCCUUUUGAUAGAUUGAACUGAAACUGCUUAUUGUAUGUGGUUAUAUUUGGUAAAAAUUGCGUGUGAGCUUUUUACAGAAGGGCAAGAAUUAUGGUGUUGAAUUUUAAUUCACUUGUAUUAGAAAAUUUAAAACUCAUAAUAGGUCUUAAAAACAUUUUUACUUGUUACUCUCCCUCAGUAAUACAUACCUCUUGCUUUCCUGCCAUAUGAACAUCUUAAGAUUUAAAGAAAAGGAUCAAUGGUCACAGUUUGGAAAAAAAGUUGACCCAGGAAUAGAUGCUUGAUUUAAUUAGGUUUUCAUACUUGUUAAAUGUAACUUAAAGACUUGGGUCUUACCUGUGUUGACUAGAAUUAAAGUGACAGCUUAAUUUCCUUAUAGAAAAACUGCUCAGUCCCAUACUCUAAGAGGAAACCCCAUUUGUCUCCUCAGAAAGAUGUUUUUAUUUCGCAAAGGUACCACCGAGCUGCAAUUGUACAGUACACAUGAUGUGUGAAGGUUUUCCUUGCUGGACUACAGUGUGCUUACCUGUACAUUAGUCUUUAUGUAAACCCUGGGAUGGCAUUCUGUACAUUGAUCUAAGAAGCAUAAGGGCAAGUGAUGAGGACUGGAUUUUUAUUAAACAAUUUAGUAAUUAUAAAAGUUUCUUGUGUUUACUAGUAAAGAAUUUUAGAAAUUAUUUUAAUUAAACAAAAUUUUUAAAACUUUGUAAUUUGAGGGAAGUUUGAGGGUGGAGGGUAGAGGAAAGUGGGCCACUGAAUACAAAUUUACCUCUUUUUCAUUGGGUGGCCAUUCCAGGCCAUUGAUGAUGUAGACUUGGGCUCCAGUUUGCACACUGGAAAGGAAAUACAGAGAUUUGACUUGUACAUUAAAAACUCUAGACAUUUACUGUGUGUUGAGAAUGUGUAGCUCUGUUCCUGUCAGGGGCUCCGCAGAACAAAGAGCCACUGCAGUGAGGCAGCCUCCUGGGACCUGCAGGAUGCUCGCUCAUGUCAUUUCUGUUCUGGUGACUAACAAGAUUAGCAUUGGAGUUCACUUGCCUGGUGACUUUUUUUUUUGGUCUUCCAUUUUUGUCUUCCUUUAAUUGACUUUAUGUAGUUCUGGAAGUAACAGAUAAAGUAUAUUACAAAAGAAAAACUGAGCUAUUAAAGUGCUUUUUAAAGAACAUAUUUUAAAAUUCCUUAAUGCAAUUGAUUUUUUUUCCUCCCCACUUUGCACCCUACUGAACCAAUUUAUGUUGUGAAAUUUGGUAUCAGUGGCGGGGUCUUAACAUGAUAGGAGUUAGAUUUUGCUUGUAUUUCCUAACUGGUAAUAGAAGGGUUUUUGUUGUUGUUGUUGGUUUGUUUUCUUAUUAAUGUAGGUUUUUGAGGGGAAGUUCGUUUAAUCUCCUAUUCUCAAAGCACACAGCAGUUUUGGUUUAACUCUAAAACUCGGUGUACCAAGGGAACAGCAUCCCAUGAGCUGUUGAGCUGUCCCUUGGUAUAGUUUGUAGGUUUGUGUUUACUCAGUGAAAUCAGUAACCUGAACUACCUACGGCAGCACCGCAGUGCUGUUGCUUUGGUGAAACCCUUGGGCUAAUCUCUAGUGAUAGCACUAGUUCCACACAGUCCUGCCUCUCUGUGUAGCCAAACAUUGAAGGGUAGUAGCAUUGUCCAUUGGCCUGUUUUUUUCUAGCUAAUUUUCAAACAUGAACAACCACUUAUUUCAGAGUGACACACAGAAGGCUGUAUUGACGCGGGAACUGACCAUUUAUAUUUGUACUUGUAUAUUGCUUAGAUGAAUACUUUGAUCUGGGAAAGCUCUGAAAGCUGGUUCCAACAGCCCAGUGCACCAGACUGGGCUCUCACAUGCUGUUAUCUUGUGCUUUGGUUUUUUUUUUUUUUUUUUUUUUUUUUUUUUUGGUUUCUUGA